UUAGUACACGUAAAACAACUUACAUUGAACUUGUCGCUGUAGAACACUUUACUGGAGAUAAGGUCUCCUCCCUGCCACUAGGAGGCUCCAGGGUCCAUUCUACCCGGGCUUGAAUAUUAUCCUCAAAGUAAAUGAAUAAUCAGUGAGAUUAAGAGAAUCAAGAGUUGUAGUAAAAAAAAAGAAAAGACCAAACGCCUUUAAAAAACUAAGACAGUCCAGUUUCCUGUGAAGACAGAACCUACAAGAACUAGAAUUUGGUGAGGUUUAGAAAACAAUCAAAACCAUGAUUCACUGCUUUGAAUAAUUUCAAGCACUAUUUCAAUUAAAUAUUUUCAAAAUCAGAAAGCUCUUAAAACUAUUGGAACAUGUUAAGAUUUCAACAUAUUUAUUUGAACCUUGACCCCAGAAUGAAGAUGUCGUGCCCAGUUUUUAAAAUUGUUUCUCUUCUUUCCUGUCCUUCAUAUAUUUGGUUUAAUUAUUUUCUUUCCGAUUACAUUAUUCACUUGAUACAUUUAGUAGACAGUUUAGUCCACUGAACCACUUGGGGGCGGUGUUUCUUUCUCUGCUGCUGGAAUCCAACACAACAAUGGCGACUCCCAGUCCUGAUAGUAGCUCCGGCUCCAGCUCUAGCUUCGGCGGAGGGGUCGUGGGAUCCACGUCCCACCUACUGCACCAGCAGACCCAGAGCAGCAGCAUGCAAGGGUUUCAGAUCAGCCUGUGUGGAGUUUCUCAGAGUAAACGUAAAGCUCUGAAGCUGAUCUUUGCCAACCCACCAGUCAAACCCACAUCCAGACUCUCCAUUAAUCCCACCCCUCCGUCUUUCCAAAACCCACACAUAGAACGUCUGAGGACCCACAGCAUCGAGUCUUCAGGGAAGCUGAAGAUCUCUCCAGAGCAACAUUGUGACUUUACUGCUGAAGAUCUUCGAGACCUGGGUGAAAUCGGCCGAGGAGCCUAUGGUUCGGUCAACAAAAUGGUCCACAAACCUACGGGUCAGAUCAUGGCUGUGAAGAGGAUUCGAUCCACGGUGGAUGAGAAGGAGCAGAAGCAGCUGUUGAUGGAUCUGGACGUGGUGAUGAGGAGCAGCGAUUGUCCAUACAUUGUUCAGUUCUACGGCGCCCUUUUCAGAGAGGGUGACUGUUGGAUCUGUAUGGAACUCAUGUCUACCUCAUUAGACAAAUUCUACAGAUAUGUUUACUGUGCUUUAGACGACGUCAUUCCAGAGGAGAUUUUAGGGAAAAUCACAUUAGCUACGGUCAAAGCACUGAACCAUUUGAAAGAAAACUUGAAAAUCAUCCACCGAGACAUCAAACCCUCCAACAUUCUGAUGGACCGUAAAGGAAACAUCAAGCUGUGUGAUUUUGGAAUCAGUGGUCAACUUGUGGACUCCAUCGCUAAGACCAGGGACGCCGGCUGUAGACCUUACAUGGCUCCAGAGAGAAUAGACCCCAGUGCCUCCAGACAAGGCUACGACGUUCGCUCCGACGUCUGGAGUCUGGGAAUCACACUGUACGAGUUGGCCACGGGCAGGUUUCCCUAUCCAAAGUGGAACAGUGUUUUUGAUCAGCUGACACAGGUGGUGAAAGGAGAACCUCCACAGCUCAGCAACUCAGAGGAGAGACAGUUUUCCCCAAAAUUCAUCACCUUCGUCAACCUGUGCCUCACAAAGGACGACUCCAAAAGGCCAAAGUACAGAGAACUGCUGAAACAACCCUUCAUCCAGAUGUACGAGGAGCGUCUGGUAGACGUGGCCUCCUACGUCUGUCGGAUCCUGGAUCUGAUUCCUGCCUCUCCAGUCUCUCCGAUGUACGUGGACUGAUGCCGAAGUGCUCCAUCUGCAAUAGUGUGUGUGUGUGUGCGUGCGUGUGUGAGAGUGAGAGUGAGAGAGUGAGCGUGCGUGCAUGUUUUUCAUUUCCAAAGGACAAAAAAAACUUGGCCCAAACUUCCCUGGUGCAAAGACCAAGAGUUUCUCCGGUUUAUGAUCUGAUAAUUCGCUAGGUGGCGCCAAAGGAAAAGUGUAGGGCAGUGAGGAAUGUGGACCCUUUUAAAGAUGAAUCCACAUCAGUCUGUACCAGUCAGUCAGUGACUGCUGUAAUCAGCACUGACACCUGUGUCUGAUCCAUACUGCGUAUCACUGUAGUAACCAUAGAAUAUUACAGUAUUACUGAAGCUGCUGACCCGAUACUCCAUUUCAAACAGUUGUUACUUUAUAUUUUAGUAAGUUAUUAGUGGUGCUGAUAUGAGUACCAGUCUGAUGUUGGUACUAAUAUUUAGUUCUGCUGGCAACACUGGUACUGUUAAUGAGGCACACUCACUCCAUCCAGCGGCCAGUCGGUGUAACUUCAGCAAAAAUUAAAAAAUGUCAAAUUAUUGUUUCAAAACGAAAUUCAUCUUUAUUAACUAGUGGUCACUCAGUGUAACUGCAGUAUGAGACUGUAUGGGCAUGGGUUUAAUAAUAUAUAUGUAUAUAUUUAUACAUAUAUACUAUAUAUAUAUAUAGGUGUGUGUGUGUGUGUGUCAAACAAGAUGUUAACCAAAUAAACCAACGAACAAAGAUUCUAAAGAACUUUAUUUUCAUGUUGUGUGUUGAGUAUUGUUCACUCUCACACACACAAACGGUGGUGUUGUGGCUUCACUUUAGUUUUUUUUUUAAAAAUAAGCACACAUUGUGAGAUUCUUUUGUGACGCAGACGAUUUGAGCUGAUCCUGUUUUUCCUGAUGUAAAGUUACUUUAGGACGUGAUGUCCUUUCAUGUAAAUGUGUAAAUGUAAAUAGUUCCAGGAAGUCUGCUGUUUUCCAGGCGGUUCUGCUUCACAGUUGAGAUGAUUGGAUUUGAGAAUUGAUUGUUCUGGUUUUGGGGGAUGAACGUCACAGCUUUUCAGCUGCCUGUCGUAGCACUGUACUAGGGAGCUGCUCAUCCACCACACUGCCACCAACAGGCAAAAUAGCAGUAGCUACACCUGUUUAAGAAAAUGCUGCUAAAAUACAAACUUCUCACACACACACACACAGGUUCAGAGUUGAGCUGCAGGUGAAGAGUGGGCUGAUGAUGUGUAGUCUUCCUUCUGCUGCUCAGCAGGUUCCUGGUUGAAUUCCAUUCUUCACGUCUUCCACUUCUGACACCUAUAGAAAGUGUUGUUUCAGGAAGGGCAUCUGUGUAUAAACUGCCAAAUCACUUCACUGCCUCUGUGGUGCCAAAUGAUGGUAGAACAGUUUAAGGCGAUUCAUUGCAGUAAGAUGGAGUUAUUCCAUCUUCAUCUGCUGCAGUGUUGAGUCUUUACAGUCCUGUUGGUCUGUGGUCUGUGUCCAUGUGUCCUGGUCACUGACCACACGUCAGAGAGUCGCCUCCAAUAAGAAUGUAUACAAACUGUUUGGAUUCAAACUCAUCUCGUCUUCUCUGGUGGGAAUUUUUUUUCUGAAGAAGCUUUUCUUUUGAAGCCACUGCUGAAUUCUUAGGGUACAUACAAAAAAGGUGAUGAUGAUGUCAUAGAAAUUGCGAUCUAUUAGAAUAUUGAUAGUAGAUUAUACGAUAAUAUUAAGGACUAUUGUAUCUUUAUUGAGGGUUAGAAAUAAAUUUCCCAUGAAAAGAUUUUUCACUA